AUGACAGAUGACACUAAAUAGUUGUUGUUUGGAUUUGUAUUGUUCGAAUUUGUAACACGCGCUAUUGCAUAUUUAUUGGUCACCACGUAUUUAUGUAUUAAUUCCCGCCAAAAAACUUUUAAGUGUUACAUUCCCAAACCAAAUAAUAUUUGCUAAGAAAAUGGGUAAAAAGACGCAAGCAAAUGUAAAUAAGAAUAAAGAGAAACGCAAUGCAAGAAAGCAGGAGCAACGUCGAAUCGCGGAUGGAAUGUCGAGCGUAAAUUCAGCCAAUAAAUUGAAAGAUUUGGCUACACUGUGCAAAGAACUCCUUGUUUACCGGAAUAAUGAAUUAGAAGUAGAAAUGUACAUUCAACGGGUCACUGAACUGGAUAAGAACGUUCUUGAGUGGGCGAUUGACUUAACUGAAAGGAAUAUGAAACAUUUAUAUGAAACCUGUGCCUGGGGAUGGAACCGGGAUCGUAAAGUGGAGGAGAUGACAGAUGAAGGUGCAUGGUAUCUCAUUGCAAGGGAAAAGAAAGGAACACUACUUGCAUUCUCACACUUCAGAUUUGAUAUGGACUUUGGGGAUCCAGUUCUAUAUUGUUACGAGGUGCAGGUGGAAGCCGAAGGUCGACGACGCGGCCUUGGGCAGCGCGUGCUCAGUGUCCUUGAGAAGCUCGCUGAUGCCACGCGCAUGCGCUGCGUACGCCUCACUGCGCUCACGCACAAUCCCUCCGCCUCUGCGUUUUUCAGAGCUUGCGGGUACAGUUUAGACGAAACGAGUCCGGGUCAAGACGAGGCAGCUCACUAUGAGAUCCUAAGCAAGUUGACUGAGAACCAACAAGAUGGGGAUGCGACACAGGAGAAAUGUCCCCUUAGCGAUGGCAUGAAGGCCGUGCAAGUAGGCAACCCGCAAUGA